GUGGCCAGUUAUGGCGGCGAUGGUUUGCUGUUGGCUUUCGUUAUAGUUUGUAGUGCUUAAUAAUAUUUUAAUCCUAGUAGAACUCAUAUUAUCUUAUUAUAAAUGUGCUCUAAUUAAGUUUAAGUAGUUUACGAGACAAAUUUGGAGAAAUGUUACUGUAAUGGAAGCCGUCGAAGACUCAAACUGUCACUCGAAUAGCGAUAGUUUUUCUGUGUAUGAGCGUUAUUUAAGAACUUUUAAUGUUGUGGACACGUUCUUGGGUGUAAACAGCUCGCCUGCUGCACACGAUCAAAUCCCAAAAGACGUCGCUGAACCGCCCAAUACCGGUAACGUUGACUUGUGUUUACGUAAAGUAAUUUCUAUCCAUUCUGAGGCAUCUAUUACUGCCUUUAGCUCCCUGAACACAGCUAAUUUAGGUGCUAAUUCUGCAGAGAAAAUAUCUAUCAGCAGCAAAUUACCAUUUCCUGAGUUGUUAGAUGGAGGUUCUUUGUUAAGCUCAUCAAUUACUGAAGAAAGUAACCUAACAGACAAGUCUGAUCCUGUGGAUCCUCCAGCCUCUUCCGAGGAUUCAAAGUCAGACCACAGUAAGCACCCAAAACCUGUCAUCAUAACCUCACUCAUCACUAUGGAGAACAGCAAUAAUGCUGUGGACAGUGUGCCAAUGUUCCGAGAUGUGAGACACAAUGAAAGUGUUUUCAAGCUGCCAACCACAGAACUGAGCUUCAACGGCACCCUCAAACAUGUGCAGAAACUGAAGCCCAUAGUAGACCCAUUGAGUGCGUUGACCUCAAGCAUGGGUUCGGAAAUAGAUAAGUUUGAGCUUCCCACUGAGACUCCUGAGCCUGUCAUGAGUGACAACAGCAACAACAGUGCAUUUAUAGAGCAGAAGAGUGAGAGUAUCUAUAAAAUGAGUGACUAUGAGGAAAAGAGUGAGGUUAGUAGGUCAGAUGCGACAGAGAGUACAGGUGACUCUCAAUAUGAAGAGUAUCCAAGGAAAGAGGUGGAAGGUGACAACAAGUGGGGCCUGGAACAAAGCUACUCAUCUCUAGAAGCUUCAUUUGACAGCGGUGUGAGGUCUCCAGAUAUGUUUUCUGAUGACGAGGAGGUUGCUCCUGAGGAAGUUGACUUCUGGGAUUUCCUGAAAGACUUUGAGGCACAUGACAAACACAAAAUUAAGAAGAUGGAGGCUACCCUCUCUGGGGUGCUCCCACCUCCAUCCGUGACAAUAGUCAAAACAGAUGUCACAGAAAUGUUGAAGAAAUACUACUGUUUCCUGCCAGCAUUCUCUGACCAACCGGUCUCUCCAGAAGUUAUAUCAACAACACCUACUAAAAGAACUUCCUAUGUCAAAAUACCUGAUGCUCAACUACCAGACAACAUAAUGCAGACAACUGACUCAAUGUCAAGCAUCAAAAUUGAGACCAAAGUGGAUACAGAAACACCUAUACCUAGUGCUUCUUCAUUAGAAUCAUCCACCAUUGAAAAACCUGAUUAUUCGUGUAGCAACCAAUCAGUAAUCAGUGAAAAACCUAGUUCAAGUUUUGGUAUUGUAGACAUGAAGCCUAAAAUCAGUGCUUUAAUUGAAAGAUCUGUAUCUAGAAGUUCAAUAUCAAAAGAAAGUUCUCACAAUGAUUCUGAGCUGAACACUAGUGCAUGUGACAAGAGUGUGGUCUUGAAGAUGUGCACUGAAAAUGAGGCUAAAGAGACACCAUGGCCAGACCUCCUGAAGUGCAGAUUUCAUGAUGUUUACUACAAUGUGACAAAGUACUCUGAGCGUUUGGAGUUGUUGGCUCUGCGGUGUGGGGAGAGGUUUGUGGGAGGCGAGACGGACACCUCGGUCACUGUGUUCUCUGGAGGCCUGCAGUCCCCGAGCAGUGCCAACAAACGGAAGGCUAUGAGGCUCAAGAUGGCUCAAGCCAAAUCCCCCGGGCGGCGCCUGUCACACCUGGCGCGGCGGCGACAGGCGUUCUGCAGCGCCGCCACCAUCGGGGAGAAGGCGCACACGUCUACUUCCAAGAUGGUGCUCAUUGAUAAGAAUUUCUUCCCGCACAGAAAGCUAAUCAACUCGGCCGAUCGAAAAAGCCCGCGCCUCCGUCGCACCCCGGGAAAACGGACCCCAGGCAGGAAAACCCCCGGAAAGAAAACCCCGGCGAAAACUCCCAAAACCCGAAGCGGUGGCUCCAGCAGAAAGAAAGCCAUGCGUCGACUACUUCUAGACCCUGAAACGCUAACCCGAUCUCAACCGACAAGAGAAACAUCUAAACGGGCUUUAUUUAUCAGCCCAGAGAAUCGUAAGCCCAUGCCCCAAGCGCCAAGCACCUCAGUGCCUCUUCAAGCCAUGAAAUCCAAACGAAAUCUCUUCGGAUCUCCAGUUAGGCCCGCGGAAACAAAGAGUCUGGACGGCAGUGAAAGCGACAUGUUUCUGAAGAGGAAACGGGACUCUGUGGACGGUCCAGUGGACUACGAGAGUCGAAGCAAGAUAGCCAAGAGUCUGUCGUUCGGCGGAGACACUAUUGGCAGUCUGAAGGCUGGCCAGAGCUUCUCAAGAAGGGCGUCGGAGAUGUUCGCCGCUAGGAGCAAUAUGGCCGAGCUGGAUGAGCAUCAUCGGAAGAAACUCCUCUGGGCGGUCUCCGAGGCCCUGCGCGUGCACGGCUGGCGCAUGCAGUCCCCGGGGUUCCGUGAGAAGGCGUCCCUGCUAGCUCGACUGACCAGACGGCUGCUGGCGCUGCCCCCGCACCGCGCGCGCCUCGCCGCCCCCGCGCACUCCACCUCCGAGACUAUGCUCAAAAUCGCCCGCAUGUACGUGUUCGCGAUCAUCCAGGGCCGCUCAGUCGACGAGUGUUUCCAGGAGGAGCAGACCCGGCUGGCCAACGAGUCCAACCAAAAAGUCUCCGGCUACAUUUCCGCUUCCGCCUACCAACAGAUUAAAAACAAAACAGCCACGAGCACGCUCAGCCAGUCACAGAUUAAAGAGAACACGUGCGAUGGAAUCAAACACGAUCAGCCAAGAAGUGGCUCGAAAAAUAUUCUCCAAGAUAAACUAUUGAAUGUCGAUUCGAACUCCAAUAGUAGUAGCGGACUAAGUAUGUUGGAUAAGACAGGUUUGUAUAAGUCUAAUUCUAUGCCGUCGUUUGAGGAAGCGGCUAAGAUGCGCGCGCGACGGCAGAUUAGUUUUGACAAUGUUGACUUUCCGAAGAGGUGAUUUGACUAAAGAGUUUUUAUUCUUUAACGUCCAUAGCGUAGUGUAUUAUUGUAUUGAGAGGAUGUUGCUUGCGUUUUACAAGUUAUAUAAUUAGUAAUGACUGAAAUAUCCCCUUAUAAGGAGAGGCCUAUGUCAGGGCUGAUGAUGAUGAUGACUGAAAUAUUGACACUGUUAUCUACUCUUGUUUUGCUUGUAGUCGUAACGUUACUUAUGAUUCAUAUCAUAGCUUGGUCAAUAUUAUACUAGAAAAGAGUCUGGAAAUUAUACAGAAAGUUAAAUAAAAUUUGCCUCCAAAAUGUAAUGUACCCAAUGUGUACAUUCAAGUCGCGAUCUCUCGGUCAGUUUGUUAAUUUCUCUGUAUCUAUAUUAUUUAUUUUGACUUUAUUUUAGGUUAAUCUUUGUUAAUUUACUCCUCUUUUUCAUAUUGAUUUAUUUUAUAUACCUACUAGUGGUUUUAUUCGUCUAACAUAAAUACAAUUUUGUGGGUCAAUCUUGGUCAUAGUAAAAUCAGUUUCCCGACAGUGUUAUUACUUGCAUCUCAUAUUAAUAGUGUGUUAAUAAUUUCAUUGUAAAGAUGACUGGACUGUUAGACUGUGUGAUAAGUGUUUUGCACUAUUUCAAGUAGGCAUAAAAGGCAAUUUUCUUGGUCUUAUGAGUAAAAUAUGUAAUAAGUACAUACAUAAGUAUAUAAAAUGAUGUAGUAAGUAUAUGUGUAGUAUACUGUACCUACUACUAUUAUUGCUUUUCCUGUGACAUUAAUUAGCACUAACUUCUAUCAACAUCAUCAUUAUAUAGACAAAAUAACAUAAUUAUAAGUAAGUCCUAAUUAUUAUCACGAGCUUCCUUCGCCUAUAGUAAUUUAAGCUACAAAAAAAUAGGGAAAUCGGGUAUCCGUUUACUUGUAGUAUAUACCAUUAUUGAUAGACUUCAAAUAAAUGUUAAAAUCAUCUUGCAAUGAUAACUUUUAAGUUUGUUACUUUUGCGGACUUUUUUUAUACGGAGACUGAGGACGACUUAGGUCUGUGUAUAUUCUGUUUUCUAAGUAGGUACUUAUAGUGGCUUUUUUUAUCACGUUUAAGUACUUUUAUGUAUUUAUCUCAUACCAAACCUAUUGUUAUAACUGUGCACUAAUUGUAAAGAGCUAUGUAAAUAUAAUCGGCUGUGUGGGAGGGCAUAAUUAUUUAGGGUUAGGGUAGAGCGUUGAAAUUCAGUGUGUGAUAGAUUUGAUGGAUACAAUUAAAUGUAGGUUCGUUAAUGAAGGCUAAUUUGAGUUUAAUAACUUUGUGUAAUCCGCGCACAUAAAGAAAAGUUUCUAAAAUUGCAAUUCCUACUAUAGAAUGACAGUUCGAAGCUUCUGCAAAACAGGGAUGCUAUAUAUUGUGUCUGAGAAGAUUAGGUAAAUGACUGAAGUGCCGCCAUUUUUGUCUAUUCUUUAUGCGCUACGAUUCUUCUAGGUAUGUUGGUUAGCAGUGUUUUUAAACGUUAUUGACAUGACUAUUGUAAAUAAGUGCGCAAGGCAUUGUUAAGCUAAUAUCAUUAAAUAACGUACAUAUUGACUUACACAUUGGAUCGGUAUCGAUUUGUGAACUUGCACAGGACAUGAUAAGUCUUAAAUACUAACCCCAUAUUACUUAAGCUGCGUACAGACCGGAGAAAUGAACGCCAACGAACGGGUUUCGUUGGCCUUCGUUGCUGCAAUCUGCCCUGUAUUAUGUAUGAUAAAUAUCCAUCGUUGGGCAUUCGUUGGGCGUUCGUUGGGCCGGUCUGUACGCAGCUUUAUAGGAUAGAUAUAAAGUUGCUUACACAUCGGAUAUAAUAUAACUCAGUCAGUUUUUCGAAACAAUUCAAAUGUUUCAAUUAGGUUAUUGAAUGUUUGUUUGUUCUAUUGUGUGAUAAAUAUGAGAGUAGUAUAGACUCUUUUCGGAGUAAUUUAAUGUAUUUGUUAUUGCUGAGUUCGCUCUCAGGUCUAUUGAUAAGCAAUAAAUUAUUUUU